GGUUUGCUUGACGAUGAUCCUCGCGGAUCAAGAAGCCACAUCUCUCGCGGACCUUUUACUCUGCGCGGGCACUACAACCGCGGGGUUUCACCUUAAUCUUGUUUGUUGCGCGUCAUACGACUGCGGUGUUUUGGCGACCGCAUAAAUACGCUGCCGCCGCAGUCGCCGGCGCAGUACGCAUCACGACAGGCGUGCGAGACGUCUGUCACUGCGUACACACGUUCGCUAUGGCGUUUUUCGUAUUGUUGUGCCUCGUCGUCGCCGUGAAAGUGUACAAGAAGGUCUCGCCCAACGGUAAGGUCACCGUCUACAUUGGCAAGCGGGACUUCGCGCAGCGGGGUGACGCCUGCGAUCCCGUUGAAGGCGUCGUCGUGGUUGACAACGACUACCUCAAGGGCCGGAAAGUCUUCGGCCAAGUGAUCACCACUUUCCGUUAUGGCCGAGAAGAGGACGAGGUGAUGGGACUGCACUUUUACCGGCAGUUGUAUCUCGCCCACGACCAGAUAGUGCCCGAGCGCAACCAGGUUACUCAAGUGUCCGAUCUCCAGCAGCGCUUGCUUCGCAAACUGGGUACCAGCGCGUACUCGUUCAGUUUCAACCUCCCGGCGAAUGCGCCCAUGUCCGUCACGCUCCAGCCUGGCCCCAACGACCGCGGCAAACCGCUCGGUGUGGAGUACGAACUGCGUGUAUACGUCGCUGACGACGACCAGCAAAAGCCGCACCGACGCAGCACCGUCAACAUGGCCAUCCGCAAGGUGCAGUACGCGCCGCUCACGCAGAGCGAGCGCCAGCCCACGACCGUCGUCUGCAAGGGCUUCACGCUCAGCCCCGGAAAAGUGGAACUCGAGGUCGUCCUCGACAAGGAGAUCUACUUCCACGACGACAAGAUCAACGCGCACGUGUCCGUCUCCAAUUACUCCAAGAAGAAUGUCCGAAAUAUCAAGGUCUUGGUGCUGCAGAACACCGAGGUGACGCUCGUGCACGGUCAUUACUCGAAGGUGGUGGCAUCAGUGGACAGCAGCGAAAACUGCCCGAUUCUUCCCGGUGCUGCUUUCUCCAAAGUGUUCCACCUUUUGCCAUUGGCAUCGGAAAACCGAGACCGGAGAGGCAUUGCGUUGGAUGGUCUGCUAAAGGAGACCGAUGCCUGCCUGGCUUCCUCCACACUGAACCACGAGGACGCGAUUGGCAUUAUCAUUUCCUAUGUUCUCAGAGUGCAGCUGUACCUGGGACCUAUGUCUGGGGACUUGAUUGCCGACGUUCCUUUCAAGCUUGCAAAGGCUGAGCCCGAAGAGGUCUAUCCGAAACUCCAGGAGAAGAGAAUCAUGGACCGAUCAAAGUUAAAGAAGCAGCUUACCAGGGAAAUGAGCACAAAUCUUGUGUUUGAGGACUUCCAGUGGCACAGGCAAAUCAGUGAAGAUGGGGAAUAGCUGUGAAACUCUUUAUUUCAAUAGCUUGCCUUUUGCUGUUUUUGUUCACUGCAUUUUUUAUGCAUCAGUUUCUUCAUUUAGUUGCAUGUCAACAAUUGGAACACUGUGGCACUUAUUAUUGGUAGUACAUGUUUGUAUGUAUAACUUCAUGUUAAUAAAGAAUAAUCUAAUUUGCCCGACA